AUGGUGAAGGCUACCGCUCCCGCGCAACCUCCGGCACCCGAGGAGGAGUCUGAGUCGGAAGUCGAGGAGAGCUCCUUGCAGCAGCACCCCGGCCCACUCAAUCUUUAUUCAACAUCACCCGCUGUCAACAUACUCGCCCCUGCGCGAGCGGCGGCAUCAGCUCCAGCGCCAGCGGCACCCAAGUUCCAGACGCCCACCGUCGGGUCAUAUAUGGGCCGCUCCAUCACGAUGCCUGUCGUGAUCGACCCCGAGGUACAUGAGCGAGCAGCGGCCUUGGGCGACUUCAACACGUUUGUCGGUGGACUAGAUGGCCGCAGCGGCAUGGACGACGGCGACCUGAGCAGCUUCCGAGCUAGCCUCACGACGGCGGGCGUCUUUUCGGGAACGCCCAGAAGCCUGACGGAGAGGAUGUUGAUGGAGGAAGCGAUGGGUCUUGGAGAGAGGGACAACAGUCCGGUCACAUCGAAAUAA